CGUACGAGAAGCAGGUCUGAGGUGGCUUUCUGGCAGUCAGACUCAAUGUGGCCCGAGAUCUGGACACUGUGUGUUCUCGGAGUUUGGGAAUAGUACCUGCAGUAGAUAAAGUCAGAGCGGCGCUGAAGGGACACAAGUGGAAGAUUUCAGGUCCGAAGAGCGCUGAGCUUUAGGCUGAAGAGUUGUACAACAUGCCGAGGUCUUUCCUGGUGAAAAGCAAAAGGGCACACAGUUACCACCAGCACCGGUACUUCGAUGAUGACUACAGUAGACUGGACCCUAUUCUGGCCCAUGUGUGCGCAGAAAACAAAUCUCAAGCCGAGUUGGACUCCAACCUGGAGCAGGAAGAUGUGAGCACCGGCGCUGACAGACUGUCCCCCGGAUCUCGGCUCCGGUCCCCAGGGUCGCUGUCCUCCAGCUCUCCGCUGAGCUGCGGAGGCAGUGCGUGUGACCGGUCCUCAGACUGUGACUUCUGGCGGCCCCCGUCGCCCUCGUCCUCACCAGAUUCAGAGAAAUGCUCCACUCCAGCAACGGAGGACGAUCACUUGAACAUGCCAAUCUUUCCGUACCCCUGGUCAGCAUACUCCGGCUCCGACCUGAGGCAUCUGGUCCAGGGCACUUAUCACCACCACCUCCAGAGCCACAGGGAAUCUCAGUCACCCGUCAGCAUCUACAGGGGAGAGGACAGCGGCAGUGAGUCGCUUUAUGCUCAGCGGGGACUCUCGGCCGAAUGUUACCAGGGUUAUUCGUCAACUCCCCACCAAAUCUGCAGGAUGCGGGACAGAGACGAGCUGUAUCUGGAUGUGAAGCAGCAGGCCCGCGUGGCGGAAAUCAAGUCUGAGAAAGAUUUCAUUCACGGUCACCUGGAGUCAAGUGGAUCUUAUAAGUGUAUUAAAUGUUGUAAGGUAUUCUCCACACCUCACGGGUUGGAGGUUCACGUGCGACGGUCGCAUAGCGGGACGCGGCCGUUUGAGUGCGGGAUAUGCGGGAAAACCUUCGGGCACGCAGUGAGCUUGGAUCAGCAUAGAGCGGUCCACUCGCAGGAGAGGAGCUUCAGCUGUAAAAUCUGCGGCAAAAGCUUCAAGCGCUCCUCCACCCUCUCCACGCACCUGCUCAUCCAUUCCGACACGAGGCCUUAUCCGUGCCAGUACUGCGGGAAGAGGUUCCACCAAAAGUCAGACAUGAAAAAACACACUUUUAUUCACACAGGUGAGAAGCCGCACAAGUGCCAGGUGUGCGGGAAGGCCUUCAGUCAGAGCUCCAACCUCAUCACGCACAGCAGGAAACACACGGGCUUCAAGCCAUUCGGCUGUGACCUCUGUGGGAAAGGUUUCCAGAGGAAAGUGGACCUGAGGAGGCACAAAGAGACGCAGCACGGACUGAAAUAAACGGAGUUCAACGAAACCUGUCACGUUUUAUGUUUGCUGUAAUGGGCUUUUUCCCCACUGUUAAACUAUUUAGCCUAAAAUAUGCUUAUUAUUUAUCUGUUGUGUUUUUAUUAUUAGGAAAAAGCUAAAUAAUUUCAUAAGCUUAUGCUGUUUUAGCCUUUUUAUUGUAUUAAAAAUUAACUUA